CUCACUAACAUUACCUCCCCACACCACACCAGUCCACUUUCUCUCUCUCUCUCUCUACAAUCUCUCUUUUCUCAUUUCAACGUUAAACACUCUCUCCCUUCGCUUCUGAGUUUCACGGGUUUUGUAGGGUUUGUUCUGAAUCCAAAUCAGGUCGAGAAGUGAAGAUAAGGAAGAAAGGCGUCGACUUGGUUGCUAGUUUUGUAAGCAAUGAGUCCUGGUCAAGGCAAGCUGCCUUCAGAUUCGAUCAAAGUGGUCCCUGGAAGGAGUAAAUUGCGGGUUGAAUCUUCAAACCCGGUUGCUAGAGGGAAUCCAGUACCUAGACCUUCAAAGGUGAAGUGUAUCGCUCCAGAGGAAGUUAUAAAACUACAUUCUGGUGUCAGUAAAGUGCCUCUUCCUCCAGCUUCUGUGUCAUCAAGACCUUAUAAGCCUGCUCGUCGAGCUUUUGAAUCACAAAGACCUAAGCCUACUCGUGCAGCUUUUGAAUCACAAAGACGUGAGCCUGUUCGUCCAUCUUUUGAAUCAUCAAGACCACCUAAGCCUUUUCCUGCAAUUUUUGAAUCACAAAGACCUAAGCCUGCUCUUGCUACUUUUGAAGCACCGAGACAUGUCCCGGAUCGUCCAAUUUUUAAACCACCAAGACCUGUCCCACCUCGUCCCACUUAUGAACCACCAAGACCUGUCCCUGCCCGUCCUGCACCAGGUUUGAGAAAAGAAAUUGUGUGUGGUCUUCGAGCUGCUUCGAGUAUGAAUCCAACAACAGUGAGACAGAGAACCAAUCCAACAAGUCUCUCUCAACCUAGGACGGUUGAGCUUCCUCCUAGUCCACGUGCUUUGCAGACUCGUUCAAGAGUGAAGCUUCCUCCUAGUCCACGUGCUUUUCAGAUUCCUUCAAGAGUUCGACAACAAGAUACUACUGAUGCAACAAUACAUACAAUACAAGAGACAGUUGUGGAAGCUGGUGAUAAAGCUAAAGAUCAUGGUCCCAAGGAGACAAGUCGAUCAACAUCUAAAGAAAGGAUCUCAGAGCUACUUCUAUACCGACCAGCUUUGCUCCCUACUUGGAAGGGACGCAUGGUGGAUUCCACCACGCUUUUUCCUGAGUUUGACUGCCAGUUUUGGGCUAAUCCACCAUCCAACAUCAGCAGGAAAGCACUGAGACUCUCAAUGGCGAUGCCUAUAUUUCUCGAGGUGGAGCUGGUUCCUACAGGCCGUAUUCUGAAUAAUGUGUUGUUUGGUAGAAUCCCAAAGCUAUCAGAUGUGGAAUUAUACUUUUUCUUAGAUGAGAAGGAAACAGUAAGGUCUAAAGGGGAACGUGCUCAUCUAUUUGAGACCAUGGCGUCUCGCAAGGCUAUGAUCAAAGCUAGUGUAAACGGCACAGAGUUGUUGAUAUUCUCCUCAACACUACUGGACAAGACCUCCCAGUUUUUCAUCAAGAAGCAGCAUAAAACAGAAAACUAUCUUUGGGGUUUCUUCCUCCAUAACAAAAACUCACAAGCACAUGUUCCAGGAACUUCUCAUCACCUUGAUGAUGGCAAUGUUGUUGACAUGGACAUAGACCCUGAAGACCAGAAGACUCUAGGGCUAACUCUCCAGCCAAUUGCAGUAUCACAAAGCACUUCCUCAAGUUUACCUCCUGGUUUUAGGAUGAUAUGGACACCAACCUCCUCAAGGCCUUGUUGAUCUUCAGGAGAAAGACCGUAUUGGAGAGCUAGAUAAACAAACAUCUUCAGGUUUGAAGUAUAGUCACGGUGAAGCAGCUAGCUAGCUUAGAUAGAGAGGUACAUAUCUCGGUUUAGCAAUUUGACCAUUUAAGAGAAAUUUUGACAGAUCUUUUUGAGUGUUUGUUGGAACCACAGACUCUUCUUUUGUGAAGACAAUAUUAAAAUGUUUGUAACCAAACUUUAA